GGCACAAAGGUAUGGAGGUCUGUUCUGCAUGGCUGCGAUUCGAGAGGGAGUGGGGAACACUGGAAGACCUAGACCUCGCAGCAGACAAGGUGGCACCUCGUCUGGCCGAAGCAGCAGCGCACCACGCACAGGAGCACGCGCAGCUGCUGGCGAUGCAGCAGCAGCAGGAGGAGCAGGCUCAGCAGCAGCAGGUGGGGGAACAGGGGCGCGGGCAAAAGCGCAAGGCAGGCGCAGGGGAAGGAGGACGAGCAGGAGGGAGGGAGGAGAGGAGGGGAGGGGGAGGAGAGGGCCGAGGAGGAAGGGGGCAGGGGGCGGAGGAGGGUGGAAGGGACCGAGGCAAGAGGCAGCGUCCGGGAUUAGGGUUUGACAAGAGGCAGGGCCGUGGCAAAGAGGCUGGUUCGGAGACAGCAGCAGACAAGGGGAAGGAGGGGAGGAGUGAGGCUUCAGGGAGAGAAGAAAAGGAGCAGGGAGGGGAUCAAAAAGAAGAGGGAGGGGAGAGACAGGAGCAGGUUGGGGCAAAACACGAGGAGGAAAAGCAGGAGGCGGAGAAAAAGGACGGAGGGCAGGAGGGGCAGCAGGGGCAGCAGGGGCAGCAGGGGCAGCAGGGGCAGCAGGGGCAGCAGGGGCAGCAGGGGCAGCAGGGCCGCUUCUUUACGGACAAGAAUACGGUUUUCAUCUCGAACCUGGACCUCAGUACGACGCAGGGCGAGAUCAGAGAGCUGCUGAAGGAUUGUGGCGAGAUCCUGGACGUGAGGAUGGUGUUCAACCACUCCACGGGGCAGUUCCGGGGCUUUGCCUAUGUGGAGGUGGGCAGUGCGGAGGCAGUAGUAGCAGCCGAGAAGCUCAACAAGACGCCAAUGAGAGGGCGCCAGGUGUCCAUCAAGAAGUCGGACCCGUCUGGCGGCCACAGGGACCGUGGCAGGGGGAGGGGGUGGGGUGGAGGAGGGGGCCGUGGAAGGGGUGGUGGACGGGACGGGCAUCACGAGGCGGAGGAGGAAGCCUACCAUCCAUCCACCAGGGGAGGCAGAGGGGGGAGGGGAGGGCGGGGCGGCGGCGGUACACGUGGCGGCCUGCAGCCGCUGUCAGCUAGUGCCAGGCGGGCGGGGCAGCUGCAGCUGAUUGGUUCGCCGACCUUUGCCAUGCCCCGUGCCGUGGGGCAGGCCCUAGGGAGAGGGGAGGGAGGAGAGGGUAAGGUGAAUGGCGUGGCUGGUGGUGGGGCGGGAGGAGAUGGUACCCCCCUGAACUCUAAUGCCGCGUUCAGAAAGAUAUUUGCGAAGAAGCUCGAGAGUUGAAGACGCGGCACUUCGAAACUGGUUUCCGUGUUCCGAAAGGGCAUGUCUUAAGCAUUGUCUUGUAUGAAGUUUAGUAUUGGAAGUCAUGUUAGAAAAUGUAGGGUUUUUUUAACGAAAUGGGUGCAUAUGGAUGCACCCUUAGUAUGUUUGAUCAUGCAAGGCUCUACUCUAAGAUUGCUGUACUAGAAACAACGAGAGGGCCUGUGAACAGCUGAUUUGGCAAGACCGCUAGUGUUGUCCAUCAGUGUUGAAUUUUCGCCCAU